AAGGGCAGCAUUUGAUGUUGCAUCCAUGUACCACGGACCAAGACUCAGAAACCAUUCAUUUCCUGCUCUUGAUCAAGGUUAUCGCGCUGUUCAACGCAGAUCAACAUGACGAGGCAAACCUGCUCCUCAAAGAACUCACUACCGGUUGUCCGAAUGCCGAUACUCUCGCAUGUCGUGUCGUGCAAGCAUACCUAUGUGUUGAACUUGGACUCAAAGCCUUGGAUGGCGCGCGUCACGAUGAAGCCGCGGCCAUUUCACUGCUGCUAUCAACUCCGGCGCUUUCUCAUCGAAAUUCAUUCAUGAGAUAUACGAGGACUUGGUCGUGGUGCCUCUUUGGCUGGGACCUGGAGUCAUUGUGGCAAAAGGCACACCAGAAGCACUGUGAUGCACUCCUUCGGGCAGGUAAACUUCAAGAUGCCGUGAAAUCAUUCCGAUACAUGAUUCACAACAUCGACGACACAACGACGGGCAACUGGUUUGAAUGGUCCAACGGCAAGUUAGGAGUUCGCAAUGUCGCGCAGGCUACAAUUCUCACCCCCAUUUCACUCAGCUUUCACGGAAAAAUGCAGCGCGCCCUUCUCUACCAGCGGAAAUGUUGCCCUCGCUGCACGCAAUUGCGACAGGGCUAUCGACCUAUACCCGACGGCGAUCGACCCUACCUUCUCCAUCCGAUGCUGUCUUUGCAAAUCGUUGUAAGGAAAAGUUGGGAAAAAGCUAUGGAUGGAAGCACUUCUCGAUGCGCAGAAGGUGCUAUGGCAUUCAUUGUUUCUUAA